AUGGCACCCAAGAUCUUCUUGACCGGAGUCACCGGCUACAUCGGCGGUGAUGCGUUCUACGCCCUCGAGAAGAAGCACCCUGACUAUGAGUACACACUCCUCGUCCGAAAUGAAGAUCGGGGCAAGGAGGUUCAAGCCAAGUACCCCAAUGUGAAGCUCGUCUACGGUGCUCUGGAUAACUCGACCGUCGUCGAAAAGGCCGCUGCUGAGGCAGACAUUGUCGUUCAUACCGCUCAGUCUGCAGACGACGUGCCCUCUGCUAAGGCCAUUGAGAAGGGCAUUGCAGCUGGUCACACCGCAGAGAAGCCGGGAGCAUAUAUCCACGUCUGCGGUACUGGAAUGUUGACAUGGAGAGACCUCCAAGACAACCGCUACGGCGAGGCGCCGUACCCGGACGAAAAGUACGACGACAUCGCUGACAUUGAAAAGGUCACGUCCAUUCCGGACAGGGCCAUGCACCGGAACGUGGACAAGAUCGUCUUGGCAGCCAACGACAAUGCUGCUGUGAAGACUGCAAUCGUCUGCCCGCCGUGCAUCUGUGGCCCAGGCAGGGGACCUGUGAACACCCGCUCGAUGCAGGUCUAUGACAUGGCCAAGUUCACGCUGAAGAACGGUUUUGCUCCGGUCAUUGGCAAGGGCCUGACCGAGUGGGAUUACAUCCAUGUGCACGACCUGGCAGAUCUCAUCGUCAAUCUUGUCGAGUCGGCGCAGGAUCCUAAGACACUCAAUGACCCAGAGUUCUUUGGAGCGCAUGGGUAUUACUUCUGCGAGGCUGGACCCUUCAAGUGGGGAGAUGUUGCGAAGUGGGUCGCCGACGAGAUGGUCAAGGAGGGGUUCAUGGCUGAACCAAAGGUCGAGGUGACCACUCUUGAAAACACCAGGGGCCAGGGCCUCUCGUCAAGCGUUACGUGGGGAAUAAACUCCAAGAGUUUCGCGAGCAGGGCGAGGAAGAACCUCGGCUGGGAGCCGACCCGUGGGAGCUUGAAGGACGCUGUGCCGGAGAUCGUCUCCUCAGAGGCGAAGCGCCUCGGCAUCAAGCCUCAGGCGCCCUGA